AUGGCGGCGUCAUGGCCGCUCCUGACGGUCGCACGGGGCUUGUUAGCGCGCAGCUUCUUAUUUCCCCAGGCUUGUAGGCUGUCCAGUACUGGUAAUCCAUACCCAUUCCGUGUGAAGGAGCCUCCCAGCCCCAAACCAGUUGAUCGAUGGACAGAAAAACGAGCGCUGUUUGGGAUCUAUGACAACAUUGGAAUUUUGGGAAACUUCCUGGCCCACCCCAAGGACCUGAUCAGAGGCCCCAUAUGGUUACGUGGCUGGCGGGGCAUUGAACUGCAGAGAUGCAUCCGCAAGAAGAAAAUGGUGGGUCACCGGAUGUUCGAGGAGGAUUACAAGAACCUGAACAAGAGGAUAAGAUUUUUGUAUCGACGCUUCAACCGCACCGGGAAGCGCCGCUAAGAAUGCCCCACAAGGAAUGAGGGAUUUGUGACUGUAUUA